AUGAAGGGCCAGCGAGGGAGGAGCCUGGCGCAGCUAGAGCUUCUAAGGAAAUCGUCCUCCCUCCGCACAGUGGAGGCUGAGCCCUGCUGCAUCUGUCACAGCAGAACAAAAUAAUAAACAGUAGAGGAGAAACGCCGAAUGCAUUGGGAUGCUGUAGCACUUCUCUGAAACAUUUUCUGAGGGUACCCGUGGAGCACAAGCUUUUAAAAGGAAUUCUUUUUGAAGCUGGUUUGAGUAACUGAGAAAAUGAUACAUAUGCUAAAUGCAGCCUCUGACCGAGUGAAAUGGACCAGAUCGGGUGUUGCUAAGAGGGCUGCCUGCCUGGUGGCUGCGGCAUACGCUCUGAAAACCCUCUAUCCCCUCAUUGGCAAGCGUUUGAAGCAAUCUGGCCAAGGGAAGAAAAAAGAAGCUUGCCGGGCUGCAGAGAACAACGAAGCACUGCAUUGCACCGAGACCAUUUGUAAAAAACCUUCUCCUGGAGUGAAUGCAGAUUUUUUCAAACAGCUACUAGAACUUCGAAAAAUUCUCUUUCCAAAACUUGUGACCACGGAAACAGGGUGGCUUUGCCUCCACUCGGUGGCUCUAAUCUCAAGGACCUUUUUGUCUAUCUAUGUGGCAGGUCUGGAUGGGAAAAUCGUGAAAAGCAUUGUGGAAAAGAAGCCUCGGACUUUUAUCUUCAAAAUAGUCAAGUGGCUUAUGAUUGCCAUUCCUGCCACCUUCGUCAACAGUGCAAUAAGGUACCUGGAGUGCAAGUUGGCUUUGGCCUUCAGAACUCGCCUUGUAGACUACGCUUAUGAAACCUAUUUUACAAAUCAGACUUAUUAUAAGGUGAUCAAUAUGGAUGGGAGACUGGCCAACCCUGACCAGUCUCUCACUGAGGAUAUUAUGAUGUUCUCCCAGUCAGUGGCCCAUUUGUAUUCCAACCUGACCAAACCUAUUUUAGAUGUUAUUCUAACCUCCUACACACUCAUCCAGACUGCUACGUCCAGAGGUGCGAGCCCAACUGGACCCACCUUGUUAGCAGGACUUGUGAUAUAUGCCACUGCUAAAGUGUUGAAAGCCUGCUCGCCCAAAUUUGGUAAAUUGGUGGCUGAAGAAGCUCAUAGAAAAGGCUACUUGCGAUAUGUACACUCCAGAAUUAUAGCCAAUGUGGAAGAAAUUGCCUUUUACAGAGGACAUAAGGUAGAAAUGAAGCAACUCCAGAAAAGUUACAAAGCUUUAGCGGAUCAGAUGAACCUUAUUUUAUCCAAACGCUUGUGGUACAUCAUGAUAGAGCAGUUCUUGAUGAAGUAUGUUUGGAGCGGCUGUGGACUAAUUAUGGUGGCUAUACCUAUUAUCACUGCAACUGGCUUUGCAGAUGGUGAUCUAGAGGAUGGCCAGAAACAAGCGAUGGUUAGUGAACGGACAGAAGCCUUUACCACUGCUCGAAAUUUGUUGGCUUCCGGAGCUGAUGCUAUUGAAAGGAUCAUGUCUUCAUACAAAGAGGUCACUGAAUUAGCAGGCUAUACUGCUCGAGUGUACAAUAUGUUUUGGGUCUUUAAUGAAGUAAAAAGAGGCAUUUAUAAGAGAACGGCUACCACUGAAGAGCCCGAAAAUCGUAGCAAGAGUGAAACUAACAUAGACUUACCCCUCAGCGACACACUAGCCAUUAAAGGAAAAGUUAUUGAUGUGGAUCAUGACAUUAUUUGUGAAAAUGUUCCCAUAAUCACACCAGCAGGAGAAGUGGUGGCUUCGAGGCUAAACUUCAAAGUACAAGAAGGAAUGCAUCUUUUGAUAACUGGUCCCAAUGGUUGUGGAAAAAGCUCUCUCUUCAGAAUUUUAAGUGGGCUCUGGCCUGUGUAUGAAGGAGUCCUUUAUAAACCACCUCCUCAACAUAUGUUCUAUAUUCCACAAAGACCAUACAUGUCCCUUGGAAGUCUUCGGGAUCAAGUCAUUUAUCCUGACUCGGUGGAUGAUAUGCACGCUAAAGGUUACACAGACCAAGAUUUGGAGUAUAUUCUGCACAGUGUCCACCUGUAUCACAUAGUUCAAAGAGAAGGAGGAUGGGAUGCUGUUAUGGACUGGAAAGAUGUUCUGUCAGGAGGCGAAAAGCAGAGAAUGGGCAUGGCUCGGAUGUUUUAUCACAAACCAAAAUAUGCAUUGUUAGAUGAAUGUACCAGUGCUGUCAGCAUUGAUGUUGAAGGAAAGAUAUUUCAGGCUGCGAAAGGGGCUGGAAUAUCCUUACUGUCUAUAACGCACAGGCCUUCUCUUUGGAAAUACCACACGCAUUUAUUACAAUUCGAUGGUGAAGGAGGUUGGCGCUUUGAACAGUUGGAUACUGCUAUUCGUUUAACACUGAGUGAAGAAAAACAAAAGCUAGAGUCUCAGCUAGCCGGAAUUCCCAAAAUGCAGCAGAGACUCAAUGAACUGUGUAGAAUUCUGGGAGAAGACUCAGUGCUGAAAACAGUCAGAAAUGAAGAUGAGACCUCCUAAUUCAUUUUGACAUGUUUUAAUUUUUAGGUAAAGACUCACAGAUACCCUGUUGUAGUGCAUGCGGUAUGUUACGCUAAGCACAGAAAAAUCAAAGUCAACAAGAAAUAUUUUAUAUAACUAGCAUCAGAGAGGCAGAUGGCUCAACUUUUCAGAAGAAAAUAAACAAAUGCGUAAUGUGAGAGUAGUCUUGACGGCUUCCGCUAACUCUUAGCGAGAGCCUAACCUACCUGCAAGCAGGAUUUUCUAGGUGGAUUCCUGGAGAAUAGCACAUUGCUACGUAUAAUGGGAUGUGCCCGACGUUCUGAGAGCUAUCGCGGAGCUGCAAGCGUAAGAGCAGUGUUUGGGCUGAUGGCAGGGGCAUAUAGGAGAACUCUGACAGCCAUUUAAGUCUCUUCCUCACUGAUACUAGGUUUAAUAGUUACAAUUCAGUUUGUUAUUGUUAGUGGCCAACUAAAUCUUAUACAGAACACCUGACAGUUUAAGAAAUAAUUUCAAUAUAAAAAUAUU